UUCUUGUCUCAUUUCCUCACUUCUGAUACCCCUAAUAUAGUCGCACACGGCCCUCAAUUGCUCUUCAUAACUCCUCUUCCUCACGGUCAACCCAGCUUACGAAAAUCAGCUCUCUCCGAUACCUACCAUGUCCACGAAAACCACCCCGGCCGGUCCUCCGGUGGCCCUUGAUACGAUUACCCAGAAUAUCGGCAAUACCCCGUUGGUUAAGCUAAACAGGAUUCCGCGCAGCUUGGGAAUCGAAGCCACCGUCUACGCCAAAUGUGAAUAUUUCAAUGCCGGCGGGAGCGUGAAGGAUCGCAUCGCUUUGCGCAUGAUUGAAGAAGCGGAACGAUCUGGGCGCAUAAAGCCGGGCGAUACUUUGAUCGAACCUACUAGCGGUAACACUGGUAUUGGUCUAGCUCUUGUUGCGGCCGUCAAGGGCUACAAGACUAUCAUAACUCUGCCUGAAAAAAUGUCCGCUGAGAAAGUGUCCGUAUUGCGUGCUUUGAAUGCUACUAUCAUCCGUACUCCCAACGAAGCGGCUUUCGACUCUCCGGAAUCUCACAUUGGCGUCGCAAAGCGCUUGGAGAAAGAGCUUCCCAAUGCGCACAUUCUGGACCAGUAUGGGAACGUGAACAACCCCCUUGCCCACGAGUUUGGAACCGCAGAGGAAAUCUGGACUCAGACAGAAGGUCGGAUUAGUGCGGUUGUCGCCGGUGCUGGCACUGGUGGAACGAUUACUGGUAUCUCUCGCGGCCUCAAGAAGCACAACCCCGAUAUCCAAGUCAUUGCAGCAGACCCCCAUGGAUCUAUCUUGGCACUUCCUGCUGCGCUGAACGAGGAGCAUGUGAACGAGCCUUACAAGGUCGAGGGUAUCGGAUAUGAUUUCAUCCCCGAGGUCUUGGAUCGCCAGGCAGUUGACAAGUGGUACAAGACCGCCGACAAAGAGUCGUUCCAAUACUCUCGGCGGCUAAUCGCCGAGGAAGGUCUUCUUGUUGGUGGAAGCAGUGGAAGUGCCAUCUCCGCUUUGGCGCAAGCCGCGAAGGAUAAUAGAUUCAAGAAGGAUGACGUGGUUGUCGUCGUCCUGCCCGACAGCAUCAGGAGUUAUCUUACCAAAUUUGCAGAUGACGACUGGCUCGCUGCGAAUGGUCUUCUGUCAUCGACCCCUGAACCCACAUCCUUCCCGGCGUUACAGCCACAGGCGAAGAGCGAUGCCUUCGCCGGCUCGCAGGUCAAGGCCCUGAGACUGAAGCCCAUCACAACAGUCCGAUCCAACAUCCCCUGUGAAAUUGCCAUUGAAAUGAUGCGCGACAGAGGAUUCGACCAACUUCCCGUUCUUGCUCCUUCCGGCAAGAAGCUUGUCGGACUGCUUACCCUUGGAAAUGUUCUCAGCCGGCUGACCCAUGGACGUGCUACCGGGAAGAGCCCGGUUGCUGAUGUUAUGUUCGAUUUCAGCAAGAUCCCGGAAAUUGUCACCGAUCCCAGAGAUAUGGGGCUUGCCAGCUCGCAGGCCGGCCAGAACGGUAGUGCUAACGCGAAGCCCCAUAUCAGAGAUCGGAAAUUUGUGGAGAUCACCAUGGAUACGCCUUUGAGCGUUCUCAACCGAUUCCUUGAAUGGAACAGCGCAGCUGUUGUUACUGAGCGAGACGACCAAGGCGCCAUGAAGCCGGUUGCGGUGGCGACCAAGGUCGAUCUCCUCACCUGGAUGCUUCACAACGACAACAAUGGCACCUCGGGUAACUAAGAUUAUAAUAUUCUAGCGACUGCAACUUGACUUUUCAACCGGUGUGCUAUAAUCUGGAGAGUAUCAACUAUAUCUUCAAAUUUCUUUUUUUUUUUUUUUG